GAAAAGGGGGCGGGGGACUCGGCUUGUUGUGUUGCUGCCCGAGAACCAGAGGCGGUCCUGCUGCGGCCACAGCUCUUCCAGCUGCCUGACAAUGUCGUCUCAUUUAGUAGAGCAGCCGCCGCCCCCGCACAACAACAACAACAACUGCGAGGAAGGUGAACAGCCUUUGCCCCCGCCAGCCGGCCUCAACAGUUCCUGGGUGGAGCUACCCAUGAACAGCAGCAAUGGCAAUGAUAAUGGCAAUGGGAAAAAUGGGGGGCUAGAACAUGUACCUUCCUCAUCCUCUAUCCACAAUGGAGACAUGGAGAAGAUUCUUUUGGAUGCACAACAUGAAUCAGGACAGAGUAGUUCAAGAGCCAGCUCUCACUGUGACAGCCCUUCCCCACAAGAAGAUGGGCAGAUUAUGUUUGAUGUGGAGAUGCACACCAGCAGGGACCAUAGCUCUCAGUCAGAAGAAGAAGUUCCAGAAGGAGAGAAAGAAGUUGAUGCUUCGAAGAAAAGCGUCGACUGGGUGUCCGACUGGUCCAGUAGACCUGAAAAUAUUCCACCUAAGGAGUUCCACUUCAGACACCCCAAACGCUCCGUCUCUUUAAGCAUGAGGAAAAGUGGGGCCAUGAAGAAAGGGGGUAUUUUCUCCGCAGAAUUCCUUAAGGUGUUCAUUCCGUCUCUCUUCCUCUCUCAUGUUUUGGCUUUGGGCCUAGGCAUCUAUAUUGGAAAGCGACUGAGCACGCCUUCUGCCAGCACCUACUGAAGGGAAGAAUAGCCCUGGAGAAGUGGAAAAGCGUGUGACCUGUGAAGUGGUGUAUUGUCACAGUAGUUUAUUUGAACUUGAGACCAUUGUAAGCAUGACCCAGCCUACCACCCUAUUUUUACAUAUCCAAGUUCCAGUAACUCUCAAACCCAGUAUUUUAUUCAAACUCUGUUGAGGCAUUUUACUAACCUCAUUCCCUUUUUGGCCCGUAAGACACUUUAGAAUUUCCUAACAGAGUUUACUGUUAUUUAGAAAUUUGCAAGGGCUUCUUUUCCGCAAAUGCCACCAGCAGAUUAUAAUUUUGUCAACAAUGCUAUCGUCUCCUUUUAGUGCCACCAGACUUAGACCUGCAUCAUUCAUGGUAUAAAUUUUACUCUUGCAAGAUAACUACCAUCUCUCUCUUCAAAUGAGAUCAGGUUAGCAAAUGAUAGAACAGCUUUGUUGUUUUGUUUUGUUUUGUUUUUUUCAAGGCAAAGCAAACUUCCCUGAGCUUGAAUUUAUAGUUAUUUAAAAAGAAAACAAGCAAAAAAAAAAAAAAAAAACAAGACACAAGAAAAAAACUAUCCUGGGCAAUAAAAAAUUAUUUUAAACAAGCUUUGGAGCCACGUUUUGUCUAAACAGCCUCCUAAUGGCGCCUUUUAAUUUAUAGGAGGCCAGCUACGUAAGUGAUGGGUAUGAAGUAGAAUAAGAACUAAACUACAUCAGCAGAUUUUAAUACUAGUGUGUUGUAAUGCUGUCUUUUCUAUGGUGUAGAAUCUUUAUUUCUCCUAAGGAAUGUCUCAGGCCUAGAAAUAUAUGAAAUUGCUUUGGGGAUUUGUGUGUGUUUGGUAUUUUUACGUUUAUUAGCUUUAGCUGCAUGUGAAUUUUCCAUGACUUUUAAGUUUUGGGUUUUUUUUUUGUUUUUAAUUCUUUUCUAAGAAGGGGCUUUGGAAUGAGU